GCCGUUUGCGUGUUGUGCUGCUAUUGCAGUUUACUAUUUUUCAUUUACAGGUUGUGGUGUUACAGGUUGUGGUGUUACAGGUUGUGGUGUUACAGGUUGUGGUGUUACAGGUUGUGGUGUUACAGGUUAUAUUUGAUUAUAUUGAGAAUCAUCAAUUGACAAGUACUAGUUACUCAGCAGGAUGGGCCUAUUGUAUCUAACCGGGAGCAUAUUGGUGCUUCAUGCGGCGUAUUCGUCCUUUGAGUACCACCAAUUCAUCAAAGCAUCCAAGAACCACACCGGGUUACCUUACGAUAUUGUCUUUGAGUUGCUAAUUGGGUUGGUGAUUUUCAUCUUGGGCAGUAUCCAAUCGAUUAAAAAUGAGUCCAGAAUUAGUUUAAAAGAAGAUAAAUUGAUUAAACAAGGGGAUGAGUACUUGAAUCCAAUCAAGAUGAACGAAUCGAUGGAAAAUAUUAAUAAUUUAGGAAUUAACGAUUAUGAAGAAUUUGAAAAUAGAAUUGAUUUUAUUAAUUUUCGAGAAAAAAGAAAAUUAUAUAAUGAAUGGAUUAAGAAUAAGUAA